AAAUUAAAUUAUUAAUCCAGCCAUAAACCAGCAGCCACACAAGACAUCAAACUUAUCCUUCUACAUACAUACAUACAAAAUUCCGACAUGAAGUCAAUCACUGCAUACGUCGCCCUCGCACUUUGCUGUAGUUUCCUCCUCGUCUCGGAAACUCGGGGACAAGAAGAAGACUUCAAUUUGAGUCGUCGUCGAUGCCGAACUGUGGGAGAAACUUUCACAUACACCAGACCGGACGGGUACUCAAUUUCCUGCAUGUGCAAUGCACCACCCACAACGACAACGACGACGACUACGACGACCACCACGACAACGGUAGCUCCAUCGACGACUCCUCGACCAACGCGUCACACACGCCCGACAACGCAUCGUCCUACCCCACGACCUCACAACUCGUGGGCUUGCACGGUCACACAAGCCACAACAACCACGACUCCGUCAUCCGGUUAAAAGUGGAAGCAACAGAAGAUGAAAGACCAGUUGCUGAAAUGUAUAUAAAUAUUUAUAUUAAAUCUUAUCUAUGGUACAUGAAGUUUACAUAUUUAAAGUAUUGGUUCAAGUUUAUACACAAUCUACUCGGAAAUCUGCACAAGAAAAUAAAAAAAAUUCCGAAAAAUGUA